AUGUUUGUUAAAAUAGAAAAACAUGAUGCCAAGUAUCUUUUUGACACUCUAAUUUCAGUUUUAGAAAAUCAGGGAAUAGACCCAAAAUUUUGCAGAUGUCAGUCUUAUGACAAUGCGGCUAAUAUGAGCGGAGUGUAUUCGGGAGUACAAACUAGAUUUAGGGAAAUCAACAGCGCAGCCACUUGGGUACCAUGUGGAGCUCAUAGUCUUAAUCUAGUUGGCACAGCGGCGGCAGAAAGCUGCUUAGAAGCUGUAAAAUUUUUUGAAAUUUUGCAAUCGCUCUACAAUUUCUUUGCAGCGUCCCCUCAAAGAUGGUCUAAACUAAGGUCUUUGGGAAGUAAAAUUUCUGUAAAAAGACUUUCAGAGACCAGAUGGUCAGCACGUUAUGAGGCUGUAAAAACAUUAUGUGCCCAUUAUGAUGAUAUACGUGGUAUUCUUACAAAUAUUUCAACUAGUGAAGGUAUGAAACCUACAACAGUGAUUGAGGCACAAACCUUAAUCCAUCAAAUGAAUACUUUGGAGAUGGUAUUACUCACAGUUAUUUGGGAAGAUCUAAAACACGUCGAUAUUGUAAAUAAAUCUCUUCAAGAACCUGGCAUCGAGUUUAACACGAUGGUGCGACUUUACGACAGUUUAAUUCAAUAUUUAUCUCACUGCAGAACUGAGGACAUGUAUAAUAGCUAUUAUCUUAAGGCAAAAGCCCUUGCACCAGAUUCAGAAUUUAAAGAAUCCGAAACUAGAGUUCGUAAGAGAAACGACAGUUCGAUGAAGGGCCAGAUGAGACUCCCUCUCGCAGUGCCAAAGAUUCCUUUAAGAUUAAUGUUUUUUUUAUUGUUCUGGAUGUGCUUUGCGCUGAAAUGA